AUGACGAGUGGAGCGACGGCCCCGGCCGCCGUCGAGGCGGAGCUGCAAGAGGAGGCCCUCAGGCGCUUCAACCCGCUCGUAUUCACCCUUUCUGUGGAAACCGGGAAUAAUGUGUGUAUCCCCAAGCUUACGGAGGCCAUGACGCGGGACCCUGCCUUUGCAAAAGGUUUCUACGUGUUGAAUCGCAAGACCAACACUGCCGCGGCGCCGCAGCCGCGAGGAAGAAACGCUGACCGGCGAGGCAAGCAGGUCGACAACGUAAAAGGCGGCGUGGCGCAGUUGCAUGAAGACUACGUGCGCAUCGCGGUCGAUCGUGAGCUAAAACGGCGUGAGGUGGAGCGGGCACGCGAGGCGGAGUACGCGGCGCUGGUGUCUCUCUACGUGGAGGACGGACUCACGGAGGCAGAGGCGGCGGAAGCGGCUAAAAAAGAGAUGGAGGAGGCCGCUGUUGAAGGCACUUUAAGCGAAGAGGGCGAUGCCCGCGAACGACUAUACGUGUUUCUUCCGACGUACCCGGCCAAUAUGGAGGAGGUGACGGAGAUGUACAACAGUGGCCUUUCGCUUCAUGCGGUGCUUUCGUUGUCGAGUCGCGUGGCGCUCAGCGGGUCUGUGGCCGCUGAGAAACCGCCACAGUUUUUAGAGUUGCCCAAGGGGAAGGAGAAGAAGGAGACAAAGAGGCCUGUGACCAAGGAAAGGAAUGCACAGACUGAAGAAAAGAACCAGCUGACGCUGGCGGCUGAAUUACAGCAACACUUGCAGGUGGUGAAGAAUCCUUUGCCUUAUUUAAGGAGCAUUUGCAUUCACACAUAUGAGGUUCCCACGGAGGUGGUGCCGACCGCCGCCAGUAAUAACACAGCCACUGCAGCUGCGACGCCGAACCUUGUGGGGGAUACGCCACCCGCCUUGGUUUACCGAUUGAAGGGCACAGAAGGGGCUGUCUUUAGCGCGGUGGUGGAUGCCGUUGUUAUGCUUGAGGAAAGGUACAUUGGGUUCUGCGAAUGGAAAGAGCAGCGGGUGCGGGUGGAUGUUCCUACAUAUAUUCCGUUGCGUUACCCGCAAACACUUGAGGCGUCGCCCGCGGCGAUGGAGGAGCGGGGGAGGAAAAGGUCUGUGGCCAGAAAGAAGGGUGCCGCCCCCAUAGCAGUGCUGCCCUCCGCUAACGUUGAACCCAUUCCCGUUUUUGACGCUGAGCCCAGAAAUAUGAAAGGUGUGGUUGCGCAUCGCUCUGUGUAUGACAACAUUCUUUCAGCUUGGAAGCAGGCUUACUUCAAUAAGCAGGCCUUUAUCGCCGCAUGCACCGCGCAGAUUUCAGCAACCCUUGCCAUGACAAAUCCCGAACUCCUGGAGCCGUUUCCAAAUCUGGUGAAGCGUGAAAGGCAGCAAAUGUUAAAAGACCGGAAAGAAUCGAACGAUUUUGUGAAGUAUGUCUUUGAUGUCGCGACGCAGGGUGUCGAGGACACGCACCAGAAAUUUUUCUCAGAGCCUGCGGAAAAGGGACCCACGGUUCCCUGCUCUCCAAAGGAUAUGCCUUCCACAGAUACGAGAUCGGGCUCAGUGUCCUCGUCACAAGCGAGGGAUUCCAACGCCAUUGUGUCCCCAAGCAUUGAUGGCAACGUUGACAACACCUCAGUAAGCGUAAGGGAGAUUGCCGUCUCUCUUAUGUCUCAGUCGUUUGGUAUUGAGGUGGAACAAGCAAGACAAAUGGUGGCAGGGGUGAUCUCCCUCGGUUUUAUUCACACUGGACAACGGGAUGCGCUUGCGCAGGCCUUGGAGAGGAGUAAAUCAAGCAGUUGGCGAAGUGCACGUAGAAGUGUAGGCUGCUGCGAAUUGGAGGUGCUUUAUCGUGGGGAUGGGUCAUCUCGUACAGAGAGUUCUGUAUAUAACUUUUGUGGGUCCGCAACCUUUGCCGAUUAUGUGAGCUGGCAUAAGUUUUGCGCCAGCGAGGGGUUGUAUUACAAUCCACCUCCACCCGACAGUGACGCGGAAGAACCAAGCGAGGAGGAGGAGGAAGAGGAAGAGGAAGAGGAAGAACAAGUGGCUGAUGGUGAUGAGGAUGAGGAAGGAGGAGGUAAGCGGCAAUCAGUGCAGACGAAAAGGACCCCGCGACGGAGGAAGGUUCAGGAGACACCACAGGUUGAUGCCAUACAGGUGGCUGACGCCGCUCUGCGACGCCGUCGUACGUAUGAAGACACCUUGAGGCGCCUUUGUCAAAAGGACGGUGUGGUGCAAGAACUGCUGACAUCAGGGGCUGGAGCUCACUGCAUCGCGGAGGAGACGCAGUGGAUGUUCACCGAUGACGGUUCUACUAUUGAGGUUCGGCGCAUCCUGGGAAACACCCCCCAAGUUCACUGCAGCGUGAGCGACUCUGUGGAUUUGGCCUUUGGUUUUAUGACGAUGGAGGAGCCGGCCACGGAAGAAGUUCCAGUUGUCAUAUCAAGUAAUCUACGCGGUUUUCUUACCAUCGAACAGGUGGCGCGGUUUUUUUUUGAGGUUGUUGCGGACAACACCGCCGCGGUGGAGCAGGCGGCGUACGCCAAGGCACUGGAAGCGGCCAAGCUUGAGGCAAAGGCUCAACAUGAUGCCCUGGAACAGACGAAAACUUCAAAGAGCUCCAAAGAAAAAAUCCCACUGCCUACGCUUGCUGCCUUGGAGGAGGCCCUCAUCUCGCAGAUUCCUGCUCCAAAGGAGCGUGAGCAGACAACACCCGUGACGACUGCGCGAGCCUUAUUCCAAGAUGGGAAAACGGUGAUCUUUGCUGCCUCAGAAAAGUGCUUGCAUUUUGCUGCCGUUAGAAGUCUACUCCAUUCCUCGUUGGUCGAUCUCGUGGUGGAUGUGUGUGUGGGAGACAUUCUACGAAGCAUCCGAGUUUCCCACAUUGAUGCAAUCACCGUGUAUGUUGAUGGAUGCGUUUUGGUGCACUCUCAAGAUACAGAAGGAUACCGUGUUUUGCUUGACGGAUCGGGAAACUAUAUGACAGUGAACGCGGAGGGGACCAUGUUGUAUGUGGCAGCGUCAGGAACACGUUCAGUAGUUAAGAUGGACGGUCAAACGUUGGAAUUGGAGCCGCUUCUGGUCGCAACAACGGUGGACACGCUUACAGGGGCGCACGUGCUGUUGCGACAAGACGGCGUCCAGGUUGUGUUGGGCCCUGGCGGCCGGACGGAAAAGGUCAUGUACCGCACAGGUUGCUCUUCCUUGGGCGUCGAUGACGGAUAUGCGUGGCACUUCAUGGGGUUCCCGGAGAUUCGAGUCAACCCUAAAGCCGGUCGACUGGGGUUUACUGUUGACCGCAUGGAGACAAUUAUGGACGUUGGAGAGCAGACUCUUCACGUGAUCCACCACCGAGGUGGUGGUGAGGCAGUUCUUGACUGGACAAGUCAUCGGCUGCACGUGCGACCGAUGCCUAAUGGGAAUUGCUUCACCAUAGACUGUGCCUUUGGUGGUCUAGUGGCGUCCUCCGACGUCACUGAUUACUGCGUUUCUCCAUUUGGGCGAUGUGGGGAGGUCCGAGAAGACGUGUUUAAGGGGACAGAGAUUGUGAAUCCGCAGUUUUUACAGCGAUAUGAGGGGACAGGUGGGAAUUUUGGCGAGACGGCGCUUCAGAGCAAUUUUUGCGUGCUAAAUUUUCCUAUCAAACCUGUGGAUUCCAAUUGUCGUCCCACGUUGGGGCCAACGUCUGCGACAUUCUCCAGUUACAUGCGGUAUGCUGAGGGUAAUAUUGACAUGUUGCGGGCUCCUGGUGCCCAGCAGUGCAAGGAUCUCCUGCGGUGUCUGGCGCGCAUGCGUAGGCGCGACGGGGAUGAUGGCGUCUUGCUCUUUACGACUCCAUGGAUUUCGAACGUGCUGCUGCAGCGUCUGAAGGCGGACAUCAACCCAACCUACUCGCGUCUGUUUCCGGGGGUCACUUUGCUUGGGGGGGAGGCCCAGGAACACGUUCUCUUCCUCGAGUCAUCCCAUGCAGCCGCGGAGGAGGAGCGAGGCUCCACCACUCCAAUGGCAGGUUCUGUUGCGCAGUUCUUACUCAUGUCCCAGUUACCCAAGGCAAGCGAAGCUCCACGAGGGGAUGAGGUGUAUGCAGUGCACCUUAUCUCAACAAAAGAAGGAGCCGUCUUGAUGACAGAUGAUGUGGCAACGCUACUGCGUCACGAUCGCCUUUCCUCGUCUGCAGCAGAAAUGUGGUCCAAGGCAAUCCAGACACUGCCCCUUGUUGAAACAGCAGAGUCGGUGGUGGCGAAUUCCACGGACGAGACGCAACGUCGUCAACCGCUUUAUGCCUACUCUGUGUCCGGGCCAAGCAUUAAGCGUGCGGCUUCGCCGCAUGGCAGAACGCGGGCGACGCGGGACGCAACGUAUAACUUUUGGCGUUCUACAGGGAUUCUUGUGGCGGCUGAGGUGAAGGAGGCUACAUUGAAUGAAAGCAGUAGCAAUGCGUCAGCAGAAAUUUCUGCAUCUGAGUGUAAGCAUGCACCUUUUGCUGAUGCAGAACCCCCUCUGGCAGAUAGCCCAGAGACCAACAAAGAGAAGCGAAGUUGGGUUCCCUUCAUGCAUGCAAUGGUGAAGAAGGAGAUGCCGCUGCAGGAGUGCCACUUCGUUCCGUCGCUGGCAGUGACACCUUUAGUGCUUUCCUUUGGACGCCUGCUACGUGGCAACCGCUACGCUCUACCUUUGACCCUCACAAAUACCUCGACUGUCCCCUGCCGCUUCCGUGUCACUCUUCCUGCAGAGUACCGAUCCAUUCUGCGUGUUCACUACCCGCGGCAUUUCUUGGCACCGGGUCUUACCGUUGUGGCACAGGUGGAAGUUUCAGGAGCGCAACCACUGGGGGACACAGCCGGCGUACUCAGUGUCACACACGAGGGAGGGAGUGUCACGGUGGUGGUGAACCUUGAGACGGUAGAGGAAGGGGAAUCCUCGUCGCCUGUUGCGGAAGACUCGACGGCGGUGCUGUUGGGUCCCACAUUGGUUAAUGCAUUUGUUCCAGGAACCACACGGCGUCUCCCGCCUCAUGUUCUUCAAAGGGAGGCGGCGAAGAAGGAAGUUGCCGCUGACGCCAUUGAGCCAAUGUAA